AUGGCCUCUUCUACUGCAUCAACCUCCGCUGCCGUGGCGUCAGUUGCUUCACCCACCAUGGCUUCUACAUCAUCUCCUACGUUGGCCACUGCAACCUCUACUCAGCCUAUUCCCUUGUUGAUGAGCAAUGCGCAAGUUUGCACUGUCCCUGAGGGCAAUGAGACCUUCGUACCCAUUCCUGGCAUGGAGGAGGCAAGCCUCAAGAUCUUUAAUUCUCAGAUACUUCUUCCCUUCUCUCUUGAGAAUGACUUAGCACUAUUUGGAGAUACUACUAAGAUCUUUCGAGCUUUUCCCCCUAUUAAAGAUAGGCACCUCCAGUGGUUACUUCGUGUAGAAGAUGCAAUGAAAUCCUCUUGGGCAGAAACUGGUAUACUUGAGUUUAUUCAACUCGCAAAGUUUGAUCUACACCUUUUCGACCCUCAAAUGCUGCUUUCGGCAGUUUUCUUUUGGAAUAGAGAGACUAGGGCUUUCGAGUUCCCCUGUGGUUUCGUUUGCCCUACUCUGUUGGAUAUAGCAGCAAUAACUGGUCUACCCCCUGUAGGAGAUAGGUUUUAUCCUGACGCCUUUGAGGAAGAGAUUUCGAUCAAGGAGCUCUCUAUUACUUGGGAUAAGAAGACCUAUUUAGCUUUCAUCAAUGCUCAUGUAGGACAACCUGGUACUAUUGUUUCGAUUUCUAAACACAUAGCCUUUUUAAUGUACUGGUUAUCUGCUUGCGUUUUCUGUACCCCUUCGCUCCAGGUUCCAAAAUACUAUUAUAUUCUUGCUCAAGCCUUACAUCUGAAGAAGAAAAUUUGCUUAAGUAAACUCUUAUUAGCAUCUUUAUAUACCUGUCUCGAUGAAGCUUCGGAAAGCCUUUUCCGUGAAUCUGGGCCUCGAAAUCUUUCUGGGCCAUUAUUGCUUCUUCAAUUAUGGCUCCAAGCCAUUUUCGAGAAGAAAAUAUCUUUUACUUCGACCUUCACUCCCACUUGUGAACUUGAGGGUGCCGGUUGA